AUGGGGAUGAGCUUUGGGUUGACUGUCAGAUCUGUGCCGGGCCGCUGGCCCCCCAGCCUCAGCCGUCGGUGCGCCCAUGGAUCGGUGGGGCUAUUCGUGCCUCCGAGUCCUCCUGUGGAUCCCGAGAAGGUGAAAGAGCUGCAGCGCUUCAUCACCCUUUCCAGGAGGGUCCUGGUCGUGACCGGGGCUGGCAUCUCCACGGAGUCGGGGAUCCCGGACUACCGGUCGGAAGGGGUGGGACUGUACGCCCGCACUGACCGCAGGCCCAUCCAGCACCUGGACUUCGUGCGGAGUGCGCCCGUCCGCCAGCGGUACUGGGCUAGAAACUUCGUGGGCUGGCCCCGCUUCUCCUCACACCAGCCCAACCCGGCGCACUGGGCGCUCAGCCACUGGGAGAGACUGGGAAAGCUGUCCUGGCUGGUGACGCAGAACGUGGACGCCCUGCACACCAAAGCGGGGAGUCGGCGCCUGACCGAGCUCCACGGAUGCAUGCACAGGGUCCUCUGCUUGACGUGUGGUGAGCAGACCACCCGGGAGGUGCUGCAGGGGCGUUUUGAAGUGCUGAACCCCACCUGGAAUGCAGAGGCCCAUGGCCUGGCUCCCGAUGGGGACGUCUUUCUCACAGAAGAGCAGGUACAAGACUUCCAGGUCCCCUCCUGCGAGCAAUGUGGCGGUCCCCUGAAACCAGAUGUUGUCUUCUUUGGAGACACAGUGAGCCGUGACAAGGUCGACUUUGUGUACAAGCGUGUCAAGGAAGCCGACUCCCUCUUGGUGGUGGGAUCAUCCUUGCAGGUGUACUCUGGUUACAGGUUCAUCCUGACUGCCCAAGAGAGGAAGCUGCCAAUCGCGAUCCUGAACAUCGGGCCCACACGGUCGGACCACUUGGCAUGCCUGAAACUGGACUCUCGCUGCGGAGAGUUGCUGCCGCUGAUAGACCCACACUGA